ACCCGGAAGCAACACACACUCAGUAGGUGCGGAGCUAGUGCGAGAAACGUGAACUCGGUAUCGGUCACCAGGUCCUUGCUGCAUCGGGAGUGAGCUUUGAUUCUGAGAUGUAUAGGGGAAUCGGCCAGAUUUUCAUUCCUUGAUGGCGAGCUAUGGAAUAACCCUCAAACCUUAAUCUGAAGACUUCUACAUUGAACUGCACCUGCUCUGGUCCGGCCGGUGGUUUUACUGAAUCAUGGACUAAAUAUGCUUUUACAACUUGGGCGUGUUGGGGAAAAGGAGCGUCACCCUGAGCAAUGAGAUGUGGGUGGAAAGAAUGGAGUACGAUAUCCAAGGAAGGAUACGCACGUGGAAUCGGCUACAAGGAAAUGUACUGUUUACUGAUUUAUUUGGCUCUACAAAACACCGUGAUAGAAGCUGUGCAGGUGAUUGGAGGGAACGUGUCCGUCGUCCUCGGUGAAACUGCUAUUUUCCCAUGCUUGCUACAAGAAACAACAGAGAGCCUGACUCAGAUCACAUGGCAAAGGAGAACCAGACUGAUUAAAGAUAACACCAAUUUCUACACCAUUUCGUCAAAAAACGGCCCGUCUUAUUUCAAUGGACCUGAUGAAAGAUUCAGUUUUGCUGGAAAUAUUUCACUACGAAAUGGAUCAUUACAGUUGUCUAAUGUGACACGGUCUGAUGAAGGGACCUAUACAUGUAUAUUCACUUUGUUCCCUAGUGGUAACUUCAAGACGGAGAUACCGCUGAAUGUACUAGUUCCUCCAGAAACCACAGUGAAAGACAAUGUUCUUAUUGUGGGGAAUGAAGAGGUUAUUCUUGGCACCUGCACUGCUGCACAUUCCUGGCCUCCAGCAUCCAUAAACUGGCAUUUAGGCAAACUCUCUGACCUGUUGAGAAUAACUCACAACUCCACAAAAAAUGCAGACAGCACAACCACUACAGUUAGCACAUUGUUUGGGAUUCCUACAAGAAGCCUUCACAAUCAUUCUGUACAAUGCGUGAUCAGGACUCCAGCAUUACCAAAUGGGUCCACACUACCUCUCACCAUCCAGAUCCACUUUCCACCAAGUGAAGUCAGAAUACAUGAAAUAUCCAAAAGCUCAUUGAAAUGUGUGUCUGAAGCCAACCCAAAGGCCAACUUCACUUGGAGCAGAACGGGCUUUUCAUGGUCAGACUCUGCAGUGAAGGCCAGUGAUGCAGUGCUGCAGAUUCUCAAACCCUCUUCACAACUCAAUGGUCUAUUUGAGUGCAAAGCCACCAACACGUACGGGACGAAUCAAGGAUACCUCUAUCUGCAUGUAUCUGAUGGCGGAAGUUGUACUGCUGCCUGGACGCUAUUUUCUCUUCUACUUUUCAUCAAUGUUGCUGGUGUUGCCAUGUGGUAUUAUAGGUCAAAUAAAAAGUGCAGCAUUCCCUGUUUUAACACAAGACAUGAAACUGAACAAACAGAAACAAGUGCACAACCAUCGAGGCCAGAAGCCCUAAGUCCUUUACGUGCAUCUGUAGUAGAAGAGCAAAUCUAGGUUAUUGUCAGUUUCUGUUCUGUUGCACAAAGAAGAGAUGCAGAGACACGGCCCUUGUUCUCCAUGGUCUUUAUUGAUUGACCAGUGUGACUGAGCUCCUCACCCUAUCUCCAAGGGAGCGCCCAGCCACCCUGCGGAGAAAACCCAUUUCGGUCACUUGUAUGCGCGAUCUUGUCCUUUCAGUCAUUACUAAAAGCUCAUGACCAUAGGUGAGGGUAGGAACGUAGAUUGACCAGUAAAUUGAGAGCUUUGCCUUUCAACUUUAACACAAUGAACUGACACAUUGAUAUGGUUUGCUAUUUGCGUAUUUAAACUUGAUAACAGAAAGAUUUGUAUAGUAUGCAAUACCGUUACGUUUUUACAUUUAUUUAACUUUGUAUUACACUUGCAUUAGCAUUAUUUAUUAGACUAUAUUUGUUUAGUGUGACUGUUUUACUACCUGUACAUAGAAUUCUGUUAUGUUUUUGUAUUAUACAUACUAUUUUCUCACACACACACAUAAAAAACAAAACAAUAUUCAAACAAAAAUACAGCCACUGGCAUUUCUUUGACUAAGACAUAUUUUUCAAUACAGAAAUUGCAUUAGUUACUGCUACCUUUGAUUAAAAAUUCCAUGUUUUCAAUUACAUGAAUAGUGGCUCAGUGGUUAGGGUCCCUUAACCCGAAGGUCGGAGGAUCCAGUCCCACUCGUUCUGUUGUGUCCUUAGGCAAGACACUUCGCCUAGACUUUGCCUAGUAUGAAAGUGGUGUGUGCGCGAAUGAUUGGUGGUGGUUGGAGGGGCCGAUGGCACAGAUUGUAAGCCAUUAUUAUUUUAUUUUAAACAUGCCUAUUGUCAUUUCUCUGUAUUUUCUAAUCGUGUCACUCUGCUGAAACCUGCAACAGUAGCUGAAGUGUAAUUUCCUGCAAAUAACAUGCAACAAAUAACAAAUGCUUGCAGAGACAAUGUUAGACCAUUAUUGAAAUGUCCGACAGACUGUAGUAUGUGACAAAAUGUUUUCAGUUUUUGUUUUUUUUUUAUUACAUUGGGUUGCAGUAAAUGUGAUGGCAUUGACUGCUUUGACCUCCCAGACAGUUUUCAUAAAUGUCUUGGUGCUGAAAUCAUACAAACACACAGUGUAUUUUAUUAAACUUGCUUGAACAUCUGAUUUCUAUCUAAUCAUGUUACCUUCUCAAACUGAACAGUGUUUACCAUUUCUGCUGCACCAUGUUGUGUGUUGUUGCUGCAAAAAACAACAGUAGAGAUGAGUGAAAUUUUAUCCUCAAUAAACAUGGUCCCAAACUACUGAAUAUUUUAACUUUAUGAUGAUAAUUAGAAACUUACUGUUUUCGUAGUUUGAAGAGCAGAAUGGUUAAAGAAACAACAAAAAUCACCCCAACACAAAUUGCAGUGAUUAUAAUUAUAAGCACUGAAAAAGUUUGCUCAGUUUUUGGCUCAGUUUCUUCUUUAU